CAUAAGCAAUUAGGAAAUAACACUUACUACACAGGAACAAAAAAAUAAAUACCAAAUUUGUUACACAGUGUUAUUUAACUAGAGCAUUACUUUCAACUUCAGUUCUACAGUAACCCAAACGCCCAGGUUCUAGUUUUGUACAAAAAGAUAUAAUAAAGUCUGACUGCAGGCAGUUUACACAAUGAAAACAUCAUUAGUACUUCAGGAAGUUAGGAGGCAAACACACACACUGCUCAUUGACGCAUUUCUGAAUACAAAAUACAAAGGGUUCUGCCUUCUGGCUUGACUUGAUCAAACAGAAUUGGUAAUAAGAACUACAUAUGUAUAAUCAUGGGUUUUCUCUCAAAUUCAGGCAAGUUGUACAAUUUGAAUGUAGUUCUCUGACAGCACUUUGGCCUUGCAUUUCAUGUGAUUAAAUGCACGGACUAUUUUAAGAAGCAUAAAUCCUGUUUUUGUAUCAGUUGAAUAUUAUAUUGAAAUUAGUGUUCCUUAGAACUUUAAUUUGAUAGCGUUCAACUGUACAAAAUCUAUUUAAAUUCCCAUUCAAAUGCAAAACGCUGUUUCUGAAACCAAGAAAUAUUUUUUCACUUAUCAAUAACCUAAAAUUAAAAUCUUUCUACUUGAUAGACACAGUUAAUAACAAAGACGUUUAUUCAACCAAUUUCACUAAAUUGAAGCAGAUUUUACUAUUUAUAUUUUCAUUUAAAACUUGAGACCUUCUUUUCAGUACACGUGUUUUAUUAGACAAACCUGAACCUCAAAACGAAUGGAAACAUUGCCACUGUACGUUUAUUUAUGCUUCACACAUUAUUAUUUAUUAGCGGGUAAAAUAUCAGCAGAACUCUUCCUGUGCAGUGCAAGAGGCAAACAGGUCUUGCAUAUUGUAUCUGAGCCCAAGUGCUGUGCAAUUCAGACAAUAAGGAACUUGUUAGAACAAGUUCUGGUUUGGAAUAGAUUGAAAGAGUCACAGGUUAGUACUGUUGCCUUAGAGAAUGAGGAAGAUAGCAUUACUGUGGUUGCCUAUGAGCAAUGUUACUGGCCCUUAUAACUGUUUUGAAGUGUGGAUAAGGGGCAAGCAGGCAGAUAGGAGACUGGGUUCUAACACUCGAGAGGAGCUAUGCUGUUUAUUGUUUUUUUUAAAUAUAUUCUCAUCUUUAUUUUCAGGAGAUUUCCUGGACAGCUUCAGUACAGUGUGCCUGAAUGAAUCUUGUCUUGAAGCAGAGCCAGCAUCCUCACACUUCCAGUAAUUGAGUCCACUGCAUCAUCUGUGAAUUACUAGCUGAAACAUGUCAGCUUUUGAAAAUGAACCUUACAGUACAGCCACUGCUGCCUUCCAGUACUAUCUUUUCCCUGUGGUUUACAGUGUGGUGUUUGUGUUGGGAAUGAUUGGCAAUUUGGGAGCUCUUUACUUCUUCAUUUGCAAAGUGACAAACCACAGCUCUUCAGAUGUGUACAUUACCAACUUGGCUGUGGUGGACACUAUAUUUCUGUGCACCCUGCCUUUCAGAAUUCAUUACCACCUCAACCACAACAACUGGAUAUUCGGGGACUUGGCCUGCAGGAUCACUGGGACUCUGUACUUCACUAAUAUCUACAUCAGCAUCACCUUCCUUACAUGUAUUUGCAUUGACCACUACAUUGCUGUGGUGUAUCCCCACACUUACCUGAGAAUCAGAUACACGCGCCUCACGCUAGUGGUUAGUUUGUGCGUCUGGUUCAUCGCAGUGAGUAUAAUGUUGCCUUUGCUGCUUGGCGGUCCACUGGACAGCACAUCUGAGGGUAACACCACCAGGUGCUUUGAGAACUUCUCAUUUGAGGACUGGACUCACCGGAUGGCAGCUUCUUACAACAUAUGCGCUCUGCUGUUUGGUUCUGCGAUCCCUUUGAGCAUCACCAUGAUCUGCUACCCGCUGUUACUCAAACGCAUCUCCAAGAUCACAACCCCCAGCAGCAGACGAGCCCUCAGCAUCAUCUACCCGAUUCUCACCAUCUCUGUCACCUGCUUUCUCCCAUACAGCAUCACCCAUCUCCUCUACUACCUGUCCAGGCUUCGUAUCAUCGUCAACUGCUCUUUCCUUCAUGGGAUCUACAAGAUGCGGAGAGUCACCAUGGCUGUUGUCAGCUGUAACAGCUGUCUGGAUCCUGUGCUGUAUUAUUUCGCAAACCAGGAAAUUCAAGUGGAGUUUCCUGAAGUGUGAGACUAGAUGCUUACACAGGAAGAUACAGGGAGCUGUGUUUAUUUCACUCAUGAGGAAUAAACAACAAGCUGCUUUCUCUAUUGCCUGACAUGCUUUUCAGCCAGUAAACAUGCUUUUAGGCAAAAGACCCUGCUGAGUUAAAAUGGAGGUUACACAGCAGCAGAUCAUUGUACCUGCAACGAAGGCAUCCAGCUGAUACAUUUCCUGUACUAAAGGAAAUGUUUGUGAGACCCACACGACAAAUGAAAAAUUUAAUGGAACUAUUUCAAAGAUUCAUUGUAGCCCAAUCAGUGUCAGGCUAAGGUUUUGUAGUUCCAAACAUUUUCUUGUGAUAGAAAAAUAAAUACAAAUAAAACCCAUUGUAAGCUUCCCCAUGUUUGUUUCUUUUCCUUUCACACCGUCCUGGAUAUAACAGCAUUAUAAAUGGGAGAAGGCCAUUCAGCCCAUCAAUGCUCAUCUGGUUCCUAGUAGCUGAUUGAUCUCAAACGUAUCGUUAGGUCUGAAAGGAUCCCAGUGAUCCAGCAUCAACAACAUGGCCAGGUAACCCAUUCUCUCCCCUCACCACAAGUGUGUACUAAACAGUGUUGCAGCAAUGCUUCUCUGCCAUUGCUGGUUUCCCAAUGUGUUCAUCUACAGGGACAUUUACAAAGACAAUGCAUGUGAACAGAAAGCAUCUCAAAUGUAAUAUGUCCAAUGCUGAGUGCAGCAGUAUAUCAGUAAACAAACUAGCAUUUCAAUUCUCCUGACACGUACUUUACAUAUUCAACCCAUAUACUGUGACCUGGGCCAUCCAGCAUGGUAAGAAACACCAUACUUGCUGGAAAUCCUAUUGUGCUGAAUUAUGCAGCUCUAAUACACACGUCUUUUACUUACACCCACUUGAGAGCGUCAGGGGGACAGGUCAAUGGGUUCACUGUGGUGCACCUACUGUCAAUAGAGAAAAGACAUGUUUGAGAGCUCUGUUGAGACCACAGGUCAAUGGUGUGCUGGAACCUUUUGUCAAUAGUACAUUGUUAUAUGCCUGGUCUCUUUAUUUUAACUUGCCCGUUUUUGUACAAGUAAAAUAUUUUUGGACAGACAGGUAAAUGCUGCAAUAAAAAUAAUGUCAUAAAGGCUUAUUAACCCUCCACUCAGAACUGACCCUGCCUUGAACUUUCAAAGGGCCUGUAAAUCAAUGUCAUAAAGGUAUGUUGAAAACACACUGGGGUUAUCUCUUUAGUACACCCCUUUACCAUCUUUAGCAAUACAAGGCACUGUUUUUACUUGCAGUAGAUAGAGGGUGCUCCCAAUCCACAGUCAUUGAAUUACAGGGGGUCCUCAAAACACAGCCAUUGGAUUACAGGGGUCUGUACUGGCUGGGAUGAUUAGAUGUUAUGACUGGCGCUAAAUCAUACAUUUCUCAUGCUUACCAUGCAGUGUGACGGAUGGGCAAGGGUCCUCAUUUUUUUAACAAAGACCCUUAAAGGAAUAGUGCAUAGAUAGUACAUGCAAAGGCACUCCAAUCUGUUCUGAAUAACAAAACAAACUGCCACUAAAACAACUCCUGUUGACUUUCUCCUUCUUCCUGCUGCUGGUUAAUCCACCGAGAGCUUCACGAUACAUAAACGAGAGAAAGAGUUCCACUGAACACCUUCAGGGCUCCCUCCAUUUCUUAUGCUGACUACAUGGAAUAGAUUACCUAGUCAUGGUGUUGAGGCAAAAUCAGUAUCCUUUAGUCUCAACUUGAUAGGGUUCUCAGAUCAAUCAGCUUACUAGAGCUGGAUGAGUCUAGAUGGGCUGAACGGUCUCCUCUCAUUCCUACAUGUUCUUGUGCUUUUACCAGCGGUUACAGCUUUGAAGACCUGUGACAGAGAUCGAAUGACGUUUGGUGUUAGAUCUCCUUCCCGACCUGUGAGGGCA